CACUCCCAGGAAGCACCAAAUGCCGGGCUGAGUGUGGGGAGGCUGAGGAGGGAAUAUUCUGUUCAUGUUUACUGCCUCUUUCCUCGAUGUCGUGAAUGUCAGGUUCAUUUCGAAGCAAUGUUUGACAAAUGCAAGUGGGUGAGAGCGGGGGGGAGGGGUAGGGAGAGAAAGAGAGAGAUCGCGAAAAAAAGAUGCGAACUGGGAAACAUCAUAUACUGUAAGGGAGGGAGCAGGGUGACACACACAAUACAGACAAAGCUGGGGGAGAACUUGUUCCAUCUGUGCGGUGCUGAGCCCCUCUCCUCCUUCUUCUCCCCCCCGAAGAGGCAUCUGGAAGUGAGGCAAUGUGAAGAAGCUUGAAGUAUGGCAUGCCAACAUGCCUUCUGCCAGUACCAAGGGGAUGGUGACGGCGAUGCACCCCAUUUGCAUUAAUAUUAUCAUGACUCUCGUCUACUUUUUCUCUUUGGCGACUUGUGUCAAGAGCACUACAGGACAGACAAAGAAGGAUGAAAGGAUUUAUCCAGAAAAUUUUACACGGAUUUUAGAUCGACUUCUGGAUGGUUACGACAACAGGCUGAGACCUGGAUUUGGAGGUCCUGUGACGGAGGUUAAGACAGACAUUUAUGUGACGAGUUUUGGUCCGGUCUCAGAUGUUGAAAUGGAAUACACAAUGGACGUGUUCUUUCGCCAGACCUGGGUGGACCGCAGAUUGAUGUAUGAAGGUCCAAUUGAGAUUUUAAGGCUAAACAACUUGAUGGUGACCAAAGUUUGGACACCGGACACUUUCUUCAGGAACGGGAAGAAGUCAGUGGCCCACAAUAUGACGGCCCCCAACAAACUGUUCCGGAUCAUGAAGAACGGAACCAUCCUCUACACUAUGAGUUGGCCUUCGCGCUGUCCAAUAUGGUCCUGGCUCGUUCAUAGAUUGACAAUUAGUGCAGAAUGUCCCAUGAAGCUUGUGGACUUCCCCAUGGAUGGACAUGCGUGCCCCCUCAAGUUUGGAAGCUAUGCCUAUCCAAAAACAGAAAUUAUCUAUACUUGGACCAAAGGACCCGAGAACUCCGUGGAGGUUCCUCCCGAGUCAUCUAGCUUGGUUCAGUAUGAUCUCAUUGGCCAGACGGUCUCCAGAGAAACCAUUAAGUCCAUCACAGGUGAAUAUGUGGUGAUGACGGUCUUCUUCCACUUGAAACGCAAAAUGGGCUACUUCAUGAUUCAGACAUAUAUCCCCUGCAUAAUGACAGUAAUCCUCUCCCAAGUGUCCUUCUGGAUAAAUAAAGAGUCGGUCCCAGCGCGCACAGUGUUCGGCAUCACCACCGUGCUGACCAUGACGACUCUCAGCAUCAGCGCUCGCCACUCCCUCCCCAAGGUGUCAUAUGCCACCGCGAUGGAUUGGUUUAUUGCGGUUUGCUUUGCCUUCGUCUUCUCUGCCCUCAUCGAGUUUGCUGCCGUCAAUUACUUCACCAAUGCACAGCUUGAGCGGGCUAAAAAGAAGCCAGCCAAAUGUCCCCCCGUCCCCCAAACCACUCCAGUCAAGGUCAAGGUCACAGAUGAAGUGGUGCAGCAAAACCCAGACACUAAUGGCAACCUGCGGAAGCGCAUGAAUUACAUUUCUCACCAAGACUCGAGCAAUCACCAGAGAGCCCAAUCCACGAGCAACAAUUCAGGGGUGGGGAGCGCUCGACUGCUGAGACCUUUAAACAGCGGCGUCAACAGCAGCUCCUCCACCCUGUCCCGCUCCAGUCCCAAAUCCGACAGUGUCCCAAGUGUGGAUUCCUCUUCAGAAGAAAAACAGCUUGUGCAAAACACCCCUCAGGUGGCAGCAUCUACAGCGAACGUGACGACAGGGACCCCGUGCAAGCAAAACACCCCCUCUGCUUCCCUGCAGCAUCUGCUGGGGCCCAAACUGGAGCGCCUCCAGAUGAUGGGGAACAAAGUGGAGCUAAAACAGACACCGUGCUCCCAACCCAGCACUGCUGGGAUGGGCGGAACCAGCAAAAUUGACAAGUAUGCGCGUAUCCUCUUCCCGGUGUCCUUUGGGGCAUUUAACAUGGUAUACUGGGUUGUUUACUUAUCCAAGGACACCAUGGUGGCGAAAGGGGGCUAGACUCCUCAACAAGCUUAAAGCAUCCUUUUGUUUUACAGAUGAGAAGCAAAUCAGGAAUAUAAGUGAUAUGGGGAAGAUGAUGCCAAAACCAGAACAGAAGUACCUUCAUUUUAUGAGAUCUUUUCUUUUUUUUUUUUAUUAACAGCAACAUGGGAAUAUAUGAGCCAAAGUACAAAAUAUGACUCACUGUAAGGAUGAAAGCUAACACUGGAUUAUGGUUUACUUCUCUUUUUACCACGCUCAUUGUGUAUUCAAAGGUCUUUUUCAGGCUCUAGAUAACGCAUGACAUUUACUAUUUUUCUAUUCUGCAUCGGGCAAUUUGUGUGCUCAUCUCUUCUAAAAUUGUACACAUUAUGGAAAUAGACAUUUCUACAAACUGAUUUGGUUAAUUACUGUGUACUGACAUUUGAAUAUUGAGACCUUGUUCAUGGCAUGAAAGCAAGCGUUUAUCGUGUAAUCUGUGGUUUUAUGUUAACAUGUCCAAAAAUAGACCGGAACUCAAAAGUAAAGUAGAUAUGUAUUCAGUUUAGGGAAAAAAAGGAACCUUGAUGUGAUCUUAAUCAACAAUCAAAAGCCUCUUGUACAGCACUUACUGCACAAGCAUCAAUCUUACACAAGACGGAUUAACUCAAUGUAUGUACUGUGAGCACUAGAAAAUAGUAAUUGGGGGAUCCAGAAAGUAGUAAGGGCAAGAUAUUAAUUAAUGUUACAAUAAGCAUUUUUCCUCGACAAGGAUCGUCAAGGGUUUACCUCACAUCAUAUUGUUUAAAUAUCACCGAAAAAAAAAGAUUUCUGGAUAAUUGAUCACUGCAAUAAUAAAAUUGUUGGAUGAGUGGGUGAUGAAAGUACUGCAUUUAUUUGAAAACUUCAUCAUGACUUAAUCUAUAUGUAAACAGUGCAGUGGUGCCUUGAGACAUGAGUUCAAUUUGUUCAGUGACCUUGCUCGUAACUCAAAAUAAA